AUAGAUUUAUCUGAAAUUUCAACAUCAGACAAGCAACACUUUUUUCUCCGAUAAAUAAAAAAGGCAGUUUUCUUAUAAAUUUUAAAAUUUUCACUCCAAUUCAAAGUUCUCGAAAGAUAUGAAGAAUAUCGCUAUAAUAUUUGUUGUCCUGUUUGCAGUUGCGAUCGCUGUUACGUUAGCGGGCGGAAAUGUCGAUAUUUUGAAGCGCGAGUUAGAUAAUGAAGAUGAUGAUGGUUGGGCCGCGUUCAAGCUUGAGUAUAGAAAGAAAUAUCGCAACGCAGCUGAAGAUAAUCGACGACACAAGAUUUAUUUGCAAAAUAAAAAAAUGGUCGAGAAUCAUAAUAAGCUUUACGCUCAAAAAAAGAGUACAUAUUAUUUGGGUAUAAACGAUUUCUCUGAUUUAACGCAGAAGGAAUUCAGUGAAAUGUAUGGAUAAGGAAGGCAACCCGAUAUCCCGAUUACACAAAUUAAAAUUGCGAGUCAACGAGUUCCGAACGACAAAUUAUUUGAUUGUUUUGAUUAAUUUACAUUCGAAAAAAAGUGGAUAGUGAAAAACAGCAGCACGAUAUGAUGUUUUUUUCAGCGAUUUUUAAUUCUUUUGUCAUCAAAUACACAUUUUUUUUCUAUUCAAUAUCAAAAUCAAAAUAAGUAU